AUGGCUUCACCAGCGCCAAGUAGCUUGCCGAAACUUGAGAUCGAUGAUCCUGAAGAAAGGCAGCGUCGUCUACAGUCCACCCUCGAUCGUUUGAAUGGAACAAUUGAGCGUCGGGAUCCAGAAGCUAUACUGGAGGCUCUCAUGAGCGGAAAUGCAGCCGGACCAUCGACAGGACUCCCCAAAAUUGGCCCGGGUAAUAGGGAGACGUUUGCGGUAGAGCCGCCGACUGAAUUGAUGUCCCGCGUGCAAGCUUUCCUGCCGCAGAUGCAAGCAGAGAACGAGCGGCUGCAGCAGCGCGCCGCGCAGGAGCUCGAUAUCGAGCACUUGGAGGACGAGGAAGGACCCUAUAUUGAGAUGGACCUCGGACUAGGCGUUUACUCCAUUCGGCGGCCCGGCGAUCCAUCUUCAGAAUCAGAUUCCUCGUCCGUCUCUGAAGAAUCCAUGUCCUCGUCCUCUAUCAGCGGCGACGACUCUGAGGAGGACUCGGAUUCCGAUUCGGACUCUGACGACUCGGAGUCGGAUCUGUCAUCGAGUGACGCGGCGCCUUCGGAGCCCAGGAUUAUCAAGCCCCUACCACGCCGGCGACCUCUGAUCGAGGUCGUUCGCGAGACGCCAAAUUCAACAUAG